UCGACACGCAUCGACGGACAGAAUCAAUAUAGCCCAGCGAUUAUUCUGCUCUAUUAUUAUUCUUCGAAUUAUUUGUAAGCUUCUUCCAGGUCUGUGUCCCACUCCUUUAUCAGCGAAGAAAUCUCAGAGACCGUAUGUGCAUCACUGGACAUUUCUUUCCUCCUACGCAGACCGCAGGGUCAAUGUCGAUGUCUUCUACAAGAGCACGAGUCUGUGUCUCGUAGACCAUUCUUUGCCUCCUUAAUACUCCUCUCCCCACCACUUCUCUGUUUAAAGUGAGCAUUCUCGAUCUUCGAGCCUCAAAUCAUUCCCAACUCCUUAAUUUUUUCCGAGCAAGCAUUAUUGGAGUGGAAGGAUCACCUAAUCCAAUUCCGAUUUCUUUAAUCCUUUUCUCUCUUUCCCUCGCCUUUCUUCUUCUAUAAGACGUCGAGAAUGAAGUGAAGGAGCAUUUCUUUCAUACUCUGUCCUGUUGGGUCUCUGAAAAUGUCGAGCAUACAGAUGCCCCAUGUAGAUUUAGAGCAAGGAGGUCACCAUCGUUCGGUUGUCGCGAGUGACGUCAGCGCUGACGGGAGUGUAUGCUUCUCUGACGCCGAUGAUGGGUCCUGCUAUUCUCAUUUCUACUCGACCUACGGUGGUUCAUACGACGAUUGUAGUUUCGCGUGCGUUUCUGAUUCUGAGGUUAGAUGUGUUGCUGAUUCUAGGAGAACUUCUUCUGUGACUGAUUGUUCGGUGGAAGUGGAAAUUGAAAGUGAGGUUCCUGAAAUUAAGGUGCAUUUGGCCAAAGUAGAGAGAGAUUGUAGGAUUUGUCACUUGGGUUUGGAGAGUGAUAGCAAUGAUGAGUCUGGGAUUCCCAUUGAAUUGGGAUGCUCUUGUAAGGAUGAUUUAGCUGCUGCUCACAAACACUGUGCUGAGGCCUGGUUCAAGAUCAAAGGGAAUAGGACUUGUGAAAUUUGUCACUCGGUCGCCCGGAAUGUUUAUGGAGGGAACAAGGAGGUAACGGAGCAUUCAAGUGAAAGCAAUAAUGCUCCUAGUGCAGCUGCAACAGCAGUCUCCACACCAGCACCUUCUGCGGAAACUGGAAGAUUCUGGCAUGGCCAUAGGUUCCUGAACUUUCUGCUUGCUUGUAUGGUUUUUGCUUUUGUCAUAUCAUGGCUUUUUCACUUUAAUGUACCUUCAUCCUAAUUAACAGAGAGGCAAAGUUAAAAAAAAAAAAAAAAAGGAAAGAAAAGUUGUUUUGGGGGGGGGGGAGCCAAAAAAAGGGGGAAAGAACAGGAAGAGAGAAAGCCUACUCAAGCAAGCACAGUAAAUUGUUGCUUUGAGGAUGAACAGUUUCAGUUUGAGGAUCGGUCCUCAAUUAUUGAGGACUAUAUAACUUGUGUUUAGAACUGUAGAAUGUUGUAUUGAAAUGUAAAGGUUCACGAGCGAACCCAGGAAGAAUUCUUUAUGGUGGUCAACUUUUGAGUCAAAUUUUGAUUCAUAA